ACCACCUUCCACAAGUCCCAUCCUUGUCCUUUCUGCGUCAAGAAUUCCUGGCCCAGCCAAAGCGUUACUACCCCAUUGUAAACAGUAUUCUGUUACAUCAGAAACUGCUGUCGGAAACGGACAAACGUGAUCCAGAGUACACAUUCCCUGGGUUCUGUUUCGGAUGUCGACAGCACAUGUUGUGUCCGGGAUGUGAUAGGACAUCAAAACCUCACUAUCACCUUGACAAACUGUACAAGACGACGGGUGGCCUCCCUCAAGCGCGAACCCUUCAAGAAGAACUGAAAAAACAUUACGGGGACAACUGGCGGCUAACCCUACCCGACCUUCUUGUACGCAAAACAUCCAAAGUGCCCAGUCUGACCAAGGAGGAAAGGCAACUGAUUGAGGAGGAGCUAGACCGUAACUUAAGAUCUGGGAGUGAACAGGGACAGAAGAACUUUCUACCCCCUAUACCAUCAGCUAGUGGUCGAGAUGAGAGGAAAGAGAAUGCUGGAACAGCUUCAGGGUCGAUUGAUACUGAGGAUGAGGGGAUACUGGCAGACAGACAGAGUCUCGGCUUCAAUGACGACGAUACUCAUACUCUCUCCAGCCAUGAUCAGGACAGGGGUCGGCGAGGGUCGAGGGGUCAAAGUUCAGACUAUGACAUUGACAAAG